CUAAAACAUGAAACGUUCUUAGGAAUGUUCCUAGAUUGCAGAUUUGUGUUUAUUACGUAAAUCUGUCAAAAAUUAUUAAAUAAUUCAAUCACUUUCCACUGUAAAACCGCCAAGAUGUUGCGCAGCGCAUUGGUGCCAAGCAAAGAAAUACUCUCAAACACAAACAUCUUGAAGCACUUGGUCGGCGGUUUCGGUAAUGUACAAGUGCAGAGAAACCAGUCAACACAACCAGCCACACAAGAAGAGAUCCGACCAUGGUCUCCACAUACCAAAGAUAAAAGCAAUUUGGGCGAAUACGCCUUUGCUAGAUUGGAUGAUUUGUUGAAUUGGGGUAGAAAGGGCUCAAUUUGGCCCCUCACCUUUGGUCUGGCUUGCUGUGCUGUAGAAAUGAUGCACAUUGCUGCCCCCAGAUAUGAUAUGGACAGGUAUGGUGUUGUGUUUCGUGCUUCUCCGCGUCAAGCUGAUGUUAUUUUAGUUGCUGGUACUUUAACUAAUAAAAUGGCACCAGCUUUAAGAAAGGUUUAUGAUCAAAUGCCUGAACCCAGAUGGGUUGUUUCUAUGGGAAGUUGUGCCAAUGGUGGUGGAUAUUACCAUUAUUCUUACUCUGUAGUAAGGGGUUGCGAUCGUAUUAUUCCCGUAGAUAUAUAUGUGCCUGGAUGUCCACCAACGGCUGAAGCCCUUUUAUAUGGAAUUCUGCAGUUGCAGAAGAAAGUCAAGCGAAUGAACGCAUUAUCAAUGUGGUACCGAAAGUAAUUCACCUAGACAUGUCUAGUUUAAAUCAAUUCUCAUGUACAUAUUAAGAUCUAAACUGUUUCGUUAUUUAAUUUUACCUCUCCCAGAUUGAAAAGGAUCUACAAUAAAAAGGUUUGAAAGGUG